AUGGGGGGGCCGGGGGUGAGGUGGGGGCACACGUGCAACGCCGUCGAGAGGGGGCGGUUCCUCUACGUCUUCGGCGGCUACGGCGCCGGCAAGUGCCAGACCAACGACGUCCACGUCUUCGACACCGUUUCUCAGACCUGGAGCAAACCGACGUUAAUGGGCAAUCCACCUUCUCCGAGGGACAGCCAUAGCUGCACGACUGUUGGGAACAAGCUGUUUGUCUUUGGUGGAACUGACGGGAAAAAACCGCUCAAAGAUUUGCAUAUUUUAGACACCUCAUCCAAUGCCUGGAUUCAACCAACUGUAGAAGGCAGAGGACCAGAUGCACGCGAGGGGCAUACUGCUUCCCUUGUAGACAGAUGGAUUUUCAUCUUUGGAGGCUGCGGGAUAUCUAGCGAUACUCAUCAAGAAGUAUAUUAUAACGAUCUUUUCAUGCUGAACACAGAAGAACUGAUCUGGAGGCAUGUUAUGACAUCCGGCAACCCUCCUUCAGGCCGUGAUAGCCAUACUUGUUCGUCAUGGAGGAACAAACUUAUAGUGAUUGGCGGUGAAGACUCUUCAGAUUGCUAUUUAUCUGAUGUUUAUGUACUAGACACAGAAACUCUUUCAUGGGAGAAAAUGAUUACAGCAGGACAGGCGUUUCCACCUCGUGCUGGGCACACAGCUAUGACCAUUGGAAGUAAUAUAUUUGUAUUUGGGGGCUUCAGAGAUGAUAGGAACCUUUAUGAUGACCUCUGCGUACUAGAUGUUGAUAGACGUACUUGGAGCAGAUUGAUGCCUGUAAACCAGGGACCUUCUGCUCGUUUUUCUAUGGCGGGUGAUUGCUUGGAUGCAUCAAAAGGAACACUUGUCUUAAUUGGUGGGUGCAAUCAAUCUCUUGAAGCACUUCAUGACAUUUAUUAUUUACAUACAGAUAUGCCGAUAAUAAAUGGAUUGCUUGAUGAAAGGAGAGAGAGGAUAUCCAUCAGGAGAGAGUUGAAGAGGAAGUGCCAAGAAGAAUAUCUUCCAAAAGAACGAUUGAAGAAGGAUAACAGUGCACCUCAGAUUGCGUUGGGAGCUGACUCCAUUCAGCUUGAGAAUAUGCAGCAAUUCAGUCAGUCAGGCAGAAAGGCGCGUCAUCCCAAAGCCGCUAGAAAAAUCGAGUUUGAAGCAAGAAUUAUGAAUAUUAAUCACCAUGGAUAUGCAAUUGAAACGGUUAUUGGCGGGAAAGUGUUUCAUGGCUUGCUAUUCUCUUGCACAUCAAUCCCUUGUCAAGGCAAUGAUGCUAAUGCUAACGAGAAAGCGGCAACCGAAGCUGGGCAUUAUAAAGAGAGCAUGCAGCAGCCUACUGUUAAUGACGAGAAUCCUGUCCGACAGCAAGCGGAAAGCUCAGAACAGCCACCAGGAAAUUUGGAGUCCCUAGCAGAUUCGUAUGCAGAGGUAAGGAAUGCAGUAAUGAACUGUGCAAAGGAAGUCCAAAACGAAAACCCACAUGAAAAUGCACCUCCUUCCGCUAUUGAAACACGGACCUCAUUGGCAAGCGAAGCUCCAGAGGCCAAUGAGUAGCAAUUCGCGAGAAACAGACCAGCCCAAGAGCCAAGAAGAGACAUGGGAAAGAUGUUCUGAGGAGAUCUCUGAGGCAGCCCAACAUACAGUUUACAAGAGGUUACUCGGUUCCAUGAAUGAUGGCCCUAAAUCCCUCUUAAGAUAUUGAAAAGCUUUGACGCAGCUUGUCAUCAAUGUUGUAUAUGUUGUCUUUUUUCCUUGUUUUGAAGUAUAGAAGACAGUUUCAGCAGAUGCAGCUGCUAUUUUGUCCAUAGAAGACAGUUUCAGCAAAUGCAGCUGCUAUUUUGUCCUUGUAAGUUAGUAAAAGCAUGGAAGCAUGCCUUUGGCAAGAGAAAAAGCUACCGUAUGAUCAAGCUCGUAUUUUGCUGUAUUUUCGAGCCGAAUAAGUUUACCUUGUAAUAGGUUUCAUCCAAUCUUGUUGGCGAUCCAUGGGGCAAUCUGAGAAGACCCUUUCUGUUUGUGGCGUCAGUUAAUUUCAGAAGAUUACA